GUACUAAACUAAAUAACUACUUAGAGAAUAAAGAAGAACUGGUUUAUAUUUAGGGGGAGAUUAACAAGUUUAAACGAGUUUAAAAAGACGAAAGUAUUUCCCUAAAUCCAGAAGAUGGCGGUAGAGAUGAAGGAACUUGGUAAAGAUUGGUGAGAAGAAGAAAACCUGGAUAUUUACUGGGAAUUUCUUUCAUUUUAUUUAAAGCAUGGCUCUUGUUCCUUAUGUAGAAAACCAGUUACCAUUUCUCUCUAAACUUCACAAUUCAUCAGUACAUUUCCGGUUUGCUAACCACGACCUUCGGCUGGCUCAGGACUGGAAGAAACUCGGGGUGGCAGCGGUGGUGUGGGAUGCUGCGGUUGUGAUGUGUGUGUAUCUGGAGAUGGGAAAAGUGGACCUAAAGGGGAAGAGGAUAAUUGAACUGGGAGCUGGGACUGGUCUAGUUGGUAUUGUGGCAGCUCUGUUGGGUGGUUUGGUGACCAUCACAGACCGAGAACCCGCCCUGGACUUCCUUUCAGCCAACGUGAAGGCCAACCUGGCCCCAGAUUCCCAGGAGUUGGUAGUUUCAGAGCUGACCUGGGGUGUGGGACUUGAUCGCUACCCAGCAGGAGGAUACGACCUGGUUCUGGGAGCAGACAUCAUCUACCUGGAGGACACUUUCCAGGCUCUGAUGCAGACUCUGGAGCAUCUAUGUUCUGACUCCACAGUGGUGUUACUGGCCUGCAAGAUCCGAUAUGAGCGAGACACCAACUUCCUGAGCAUACUCAGGUGUCGGUUCAGUGUGGAAGAGGUCCACUACGACAAAGAAAGGGACAUCCAUGUCUACAAAGCUUACAAAUUGCCCAUCAACAGGGAUUUAUGAUUGAAAAAAGGUGUAAAAACCACCCAAAUAUACCAGAAACACAUUUAUUAACAGCUGCCAAAAAUGUCUUAAUGUAUAGCUCAAACAUAAACCACUGUAAUAUACAUGUUUGUGUUGACAUUUAGAAACUGAAUACAAAAAUAACAAAAAGCAACAUAAAAAAAGCAUACAUGACAACAUGUAAUAAAAAUGCUUAAUAUGGCAUUAUAAAUGGUGAAAUAUCCA